AUGGAGAAGGAUCAGAGUCACAUGACUGAGAAAGUAUUAGACCUCACCCUGGAGAUCAUCUUCCUGCUGAAUGGAGAGGUGACGCUGGAUGUAAACCUGUCUGAUUGUGGAGUUGAACGUAGAGAGGAAGAAGAGUCGUAUGUGUUAGAUAGUGAUCCAUGUGAAGAGGAUGAAAUCCCUCCAGAGAUCAGCACAGACACCAGAGACAUCAAAACCGAGGAGGAUGAAAUACAAGUGACAAUUAAAGAGGAGGAAAUCCUUAAGGAGAGCAUCACAGUAUACAUUAUUCAGGAUGACAUAGUGAAUGAAAACCACGUUCACGCCAUUGAUAUGUUCUUCUUUGCCUCUGGAAGCCCCAAAUUAGGACACCCCCAUUACUUUCAGUGUGAAGAGCCAGUAUUGCUCAGUGGGCAUGUCGAAGCUCUGACAUCCAAACUUGAGAUUGAUUGUGGAACGGAAGAUAAAGAGGCCGCAUCCAGUUCUUUAGGAGUGAACCCCAUUACCAUAACUCUCCAUCCAACGGUUUACAGUCUGUCAUCAGAACCCUCUACACAUGGCGGGAAUUUCCCUGUUCACUCUCCUCCUAUUACUUGUCCUACAGCUCAUAUUGGUGAAUCAUUCCCAUGUUCUGGUGCUUCGUUGACCCAGAGGGUAGACCUCACUUCCCACCAGCGAGUUCACGAUGGGGACAAGCCAUACUCAUGUUCAGAAUGUGGGAAGCGGUUUCCUCGGAAACAGGAACUCAUUGGACACCAAAGAACUCACACAGCUAUGAAGUCCUUUUCAUGUUCUGAAUGUGGGAGAUGUUUUACCCGGCGAGGAAGUCUCACAGAACACGAGCGAAUUCACACAGGGAUGAAGCCGUAUUCUUGUUCGGAGUGCGGCAAAAGCUUUAGCCAGAAAUCAACUUUUUAUGCACAUAGAAAAGUUCACACGGGGGAGAAGCCCUUUUCAUGUUCCGAAUGCGGAAGGUGUUUUUCCAAAAAAUACCAUCUGACUUUACACGAGAGGAGUCACACGGGAGAGAAGCCAUAUUCGUGUCUGGAAUGCGGGAGAGGGUUUGCCCAGAAAUCUCUACUGAUAGGGCACGUAAGGAUUCACACUGGGGAAAAGCCGCAUUCCUGCGCGGAGUGUGGGAAGAGGUUUACCCUGAGGUCAAACCUGGUGGCGCAUGAAAAAGUUCAUGCCAGGGUGAAGCCAUAUGCGUGUUCAGAAUGCGAAAAAAAAUUUCCUUCCAGGGACCAACUUACCAUUCACCAGAGGAAUCACACCCUGGAGGGACCCUUUCUUUGUUCAGUAUGUGGAAAAUGUUUUUCCAGGAAAGCAUAUUUCAUCGACCAUGAAAGGACUCACACCGGAGAAAGGCCCUAUUCAUGUUCUGUAUGCGGAAAAUGUUUCAAUCAGAAGUCGGCCCUCGCCACCCAUCAGCGGAUUCACACGGCUGAGAAGCCGUAUCCCUGUCCCGAAUGCGGGAGAUGUUUUACCCAGAAAGCCCAUCUCAUAAUACACCAGAGGACGCACACAGGUGAGAAGCCAUAUUCCUGUUCGGAAUGCGGGAAAUGUUUCAAUCAGAGGUCAUCUCUUGCCACCCAUCAGCGAAUUCACACGGGAGAGAAGCGAUAUCCGUGUUCGGAGUGCGGCAAAUGUUUUUCCCAGCUGGGAACUCUUAUUACGCAUCAGAGAAUCCAUACUGGUGAGAAGCCGUAUUCGUGUUCCGACUGCGGAAAGUGUUUUACCCGGAGAACCUACCUUACCGACCAUCAGAAGACUCAUACCGGUGAGAAGCCGUUUUCAUGCUCCGAAUGUGGAAGGUGUUUUAGUCGGAAGGCCAAACUUACGCUCAUCUCUCACCAGAGAAUUCACACAGUGGAAAAGCCGUAUUUGUGUUCCGUGUGCGGUAAAUGUUUUACGCAGAGGUCGUGCCUUACCCUCCAUCGACGCAUUCACACGGCUAAGAAGCCGUAUCCUUGUUCCGAGUGCGGCAAAUGUUUUACCCAGAUAUCAACUCUUAUUUCCCAUCAGAGAACUCACACGGGGGAGAAGCCGUACUCGUGUUCAGAAUGUGGCAAAUGUUUUACCGUCAGUUCAGUCCUUACCAACCACAAGAGAAUCCACACGGGCGAGAAGCCGUACUCAUGUUUAGAAUGCGGCAAACGGUUUGCCCGGAGGGCUGACCUCAAUAUACACCAGAGGAUUCACAGCGGGGUGAAACCGUUUUCAUGCUCAGAAUGCGGGAAAUGCUUUUCGGUGAAUUCAGUUCUUACUAGACACAUGAGGACGCACACGGGGGAGAAGCCGUAUUCAUGUUCGGAAUGUGAGAAAGGUUUCUCCCGGAGAGCACAACUUAUUGCCCACGAAAAGGCCCAUAAUGGAGAAUGCCUGUCUCCUCUCUAUCAUCACUAUUCUCCUCCCACUUCCGUCCUGUGGCUCCCGAAAUUCCAUUUGUAUGCGUUCCAUAGGACGCCCAACUACUUCCUGGUUGCCAUAAAUUAUAUCGCUUUCAAGUUAUCCGAUGGUUUGGUGGCGACCAACACGAAGAAGACCCAAAGCUUUGGCGUUGAACCUUCAUCUCUGUCCCGGAGAAAGAAUAACAAGACAGUUGAAGAAGUCACCCAGAAGAUGAUUGAGCUGCUGAUGGGAGAGGUAACGUUGGAAGGGAACCAGACUGAUCAAAGAAUGGAAUCUAGAGAGACGCCAGAAGAGCCGUAUGUGAUCGGUGAUGAGCCGAGUAAGGAGGACUAUCAGGAUGAAAAUAUGAUUAAUGUUGAAGUGAAGGAGGAAGCAGAAGAGCCAUAUGUGGAGGGUGAUGAGCCGUGUACGGAAGAGGACGUCUCUCCAGAGAUCAGCACAGACACCGGAGACACUCAAAGAGACUUGACAGCUCAAGAGGAAGAAGCUGGACUUGUAACGGUUAAGGAGGAGGAAGUUCCUGUAGAGAUCGGCACAGAUGGACGAGACAUCGGCAGUGAUUCUAUUAUCUCCCCAGGUGGUGACAUAGAAGAUGUUGGCCUCACAGUGGAUUCUUCAGAAGGAAGUACCAUUGCCCCGUACCUUCAUCCCAUACUUACCAGUGCAGAGCUGUUAGGUGAACCCUCUACACACGGGGGGAGCUUCCUCCAACACGCCCCUCCCGCCACACAACACACAGAUCAUAGAGGGGGCGAAAUGUUCCCGUGUUCCAUAUGCGGGAAGUUUUUUGCCAAGAAGGGGGCACUCCUCUAUCACCAGAAAACUCACACCGCAGAGAAGCCCUACGUAUGUUUGGAAUGCGGGAAAUGUUUCAUACAGAAGUCGUGUCUCGUCCUCCAUCAACAGAUUCACACAGCUGAAAAGCCUUUUCCCUGUUCCGAGUGCGGAAAACGGUUUACCCAGCUUGGGACUCUUAUCUCGCACCAGAGGACUCACACCGGGGAGAAGCCGUAUUCAUGUUCGGAAUGCGGGAAACGGUUUACAAUGAGUUCUGCUCUUUCGAGACACCAGAGAAUUCACAUGGGGGAAAAACCAUAUUCAUGCUCUGAGUGCAGGAAAUGUUUUACGAUGAGUUCGGCUCUUGCUAGUCACCGGAGAGUUCACACAGGGGAGAGGCCGUAUUCAUACUCGGAAUGCGGGAAAUGUUUUGCGGUGAGAUCGGUUCUUACUAGACACAAGAAAGCGCACACAGGGGAGAGGCCGUAUGCAUGUAUAGAGUGUGGGAAAUGUUUCUCUCGGAGGUCACAUCUUAUCACUCAUGAAAAGCUUCAUACCGGAGAGAAGCCGUAUUCAUGUUCAGCGUGUGGUAAAUGUUUUACGCUGCGAUCACACCUAAAAGCUCAUGAAAAGAUUCAUACCGGAAAGGAGCCGUAUACGUGUCCAUAAUGUGGAAAGCUUUUUGCCCAGAAGGCAACCCUCCUCGCCCACCAGAAGACUCACACCGCAGAGAAGCCGCAUUUGUGCGCUGUAUGCGGGAAAUCGUUUGCGCAGAAGUCGUGUCUUGUUCUCCAUCAGCGAAUUCACGUUGCUGAGAAGCCGUAUCCUUGUUCAGAGUGGGGGAAGUGUUUGACACAGCUAGGGACUAUUAUCUCGCAUCAGAAAACUCACACUGGGGAGAAGCCGUAUUCAUGUUCAGAGUGUGGGAAAAGUUUUACAACGAGUUCGGCUCUUUCUAGGCACCAGAGGAUUCACACGGGGGAGAAACCGUAUUCUUGUGCAGAGUGCGGGAAAUGUUUCUCUCAGCGAUCACACCUGAUCACCCACGAAAAGCUUCAUACUGGGGAGAAGCCCUAUUCGUGUUUACAGUGUGGGAAAUGUUUCUCUCAGAGAUCACACCUGAUCACCCAUGAAAAGCUUCAUACCGGAGAGAAGCCGUAUUCAUGUUUAGAAUGCGGGAAACGUUUCUCUCGGAGGUCACACCUUCUGACCCACGAAAAGCUUCAUACCGGAGAGAAGCCUUAUGCAUGUUUGGAAUGUGGGAAAUGUUUUUCAAGGCGAAGCAGUCUUAUUAAACACCGGAGAACUCACUCGAGGUGAAGCCACGGUCAUGUUCGGAAUGAGAGGAAUGUUUUAUCGCUGGAGGCCAUUUUCUUUCUCAUCCA